CACCGGAACCCCCCCGGAACCCCCCCGGCAUCACCCGCAUCCCCGGGCGAGGGGCCCGGAGCCCCCUCAGAGCUGUGGCCAUGGCCUGCCUGCACGAGACCCGCACGCCGUCCCCCUCGCUGGCGCUGCCGUCGGACGGGACCCCCGAGCAGGAGCUGACCCCCACCCAGUGCGUCCUGCGCGAUGUCCUGCCCGCCCCCAGCGCCCCCCCCGAGGCCUGGCCCCGCCGGGGGGGGGCCCGGCCCCCAGAGCUCGGCCCCGAGGCCGCGGGGCCGCUGGCGGCCGAUGCCGCCCACCUGCGCUGCCAGGCCGGGGGGGGGUUCCUGGAGGGGCUCUGGUGCCUGAAGCCCGUGUGGACCAUGAUCGGCAAAGCCUACGCGGCCGAGCACAAACACCCCCCCGAGGACCCCUGGGAGGUGCCGUUCGAGGAGAUCCUGGACCUGCAGUGGGUGGGCAGCGGGGCGCAGGGCGCCGUGUUCCUGGGCCGCUUCCACGGCGAGGAGGUGGCCGUGAAGAAGGUGCGGGACCUCAAGGAGACCGACAUCAAACACCUGCGCAAGCUCAAGCACCCCAACAUCAUCACCUUCAAGGGCGUGUGCACCCAGGCCCCCUGUUACUGCAUCAUCAUGGAGUUCUGCGCCCAGGGGCAGCUCUACGAGGUGCUGCGCGCCGGCCGCAAGGUCACCCCCUCGCUGCUGGUCGACUGGUCCAUGGGCAUCGCCGGCGGCAUGAACUACCUGCACCUGCACAAGAUCAUCCACCGGGACCUCAAGUCGCCCAACAUGCUCAUCACCUACGACGAUGUGGUGAAGAUCUCGGACUUCGGCACCAAGGAACUCAUCGACAAGAGCACCAAGAUGUCCUUUGCUGGCACCGUGGCCUGGAUGGCCCCCGAGGUCAUCCGCAACGAGCCUGUGUCUGAGAAGGUGGACAUCUGGUCCUUCGGGGUGGUGCUGUGGGAGCUGCUGACGGGCGAGAUCCCUGACAAGGACGUGGACUCGUCGGCCAUAAUCUGGGGCGUGGGCAGCAACAGCCUCCACCUGCGUCCCUCCAGCUGCCCCGACGGCUUCAAGGUGCUGCUGCGCCAGUGCUGGAACAGCAAACCCCGGAACCGGCCGUCCUUCCGCCAGAUCCUGCUGCACCUCGACAUCGCCUCGGCUGAUGUACUCUCCACCCCCCAGGAGACCUACUUCAAAUCCCAGGCCGAGUGGCGAGAGGAGGUGAAGCUGCACUUCGAGAAGAUCAAGUCGGAAGGGACGUGUCUGCACCGGCUGGAGGAGGAGCUGAUCAACCGCCGGCGCGAGGAGCUGCGGCACGCGCUGGACAUCCGGGAGCACUACGAGCGGAAGCUGGAGCGGGCCAACAACCUCUACAUGGAGCUCAGCGCGCUCAUGCUGCAGCUGGAGCUCAAGGAGAAGGAGCUGCUCAGGCGGGAGCAGGCGCUGGAGAAGCGCUACCCCGGGCUCUUCAAGCCGCGGGUGCCGCGGGGGCUCCUGCACGGCAACGCUGUCGAGACCCUCAUCAAGAAACGCAACGUCCCCCAGAAGCUCUCGCCCCAUGGCAAGCGCCCCGACAUCCUGAAGCCGGAGGUGCUGCUGCCCAAGCUGGACGCGGCCAUGGCGCAGGUGGCCCUGCCGGGGUGUCCCAAGGGCCCCCCGUCCCCCGGGCGCAGCCGCCGGGCCAAGGGCCGCCACCGCAAAGCGGGACCCCGAGGGGGCUGCGGGGAGCCGGGACCCGAGGCCGGAACCCCCCGGGGUCCCCCUGCCACCGCCGCCAGCCCCGACAUCCUCGGGGGCACCCUGGAGGCCGCGGGUGCCCCCCCGGCCACGGUACCUGAUGCGGGACCCGAGGGGGCAACGGGCACCCAAGGGUCCCCCCCGCCGCAGCCCCCCACUCCCGGGGAGCCUGAACGAGAGAGCGGGGCCGGCCGGGGGGGGAAAGGGGGGGCCGGGCAGCACCUCACCCCCGCGGCUCUGCUGUACCGGGCGGCCGUCACCCGCGGGCAGAAACGGGGGGUCUCGUCGGAGGAGGAGGAGGGUGAAGUGGACAGCGAGGUGGAGCUGCCGCUGCGGCAGAGGUGGCCCCCGGGGAUGAGCAAGCGCCAGUCGCUGUCGACCUUCAGCUCGGAGAACUUCUCGGACGGGGACGGCGACGAGGGCCACACGAGCGAGCCGUCGCACAGUGCCACCCCCGACGUGGGCAGCACCAACACGGACGAGCGUCCCGAUGACCGCUCCGAGGACCUGCUGUCCCAGGGCUCUGAGAUCCCGCUGGACGCGGCCCCACCCGAGGGGCCCGGCCGCCGGCACGGGGGACUCAGCCCCACCAAGGUCUCCGAGGACUCGGACUGUGACAGUGCAGAGCUCGACCACUCAGGCAGCGGCGAGGGGCCCCCCCGGCCCACAGCCCCCCCGGGCCUGUGACCUGUGUGCCCCCCACACCCCCCCUGCACCCCCUCACUUGUACAGCCCCAAAUAUUUAUAUAAAUAUCUAUCGCUCUCUA